AUGAAAAAAUCUUUAAGGUCGAUCGCACGAUUACAUUGUAAAAAUAAUAUUGUGUUACAAAUUAGGAAUGCGUCUCAAGUUCUUCCCCAGUUUUCAUCGCUUAAAUACAAAAUAGAAAGAAAGAACUUCGGUGUUGUUGACUCUUCAGACGUUGGAUUUUUCAAAUCAAUACUCGAUGAACAACGGGUGUUAACUGAUGAAAAUGACAUAUUACCAUACAACAUUGAUUGGCUAAAAAGUUGCAGAGGUCAAUCCAAGCUGGUACUAAAACCAAAAACUACAAAGGAAGUAUCAAAAAUUUUAAAACAUUGCAAUGAGAGACGACUGGCGGUUUGUCCUCAAGGAGGAAAUACGGGGAUCGCUGGUGGUUCUGUGCCUGUUUUCGAUGAAAUUAUCUUGAACUUAGCUUUGAUGAAUAAAGUCAUUAAUUUAGAUGAUGUAUCAGGAUCUUUAGUCUGUGAAGCUGGAUGUGUGCUAGAAAACUUAGACAAUUACGUCCGUGAUCGAGGUCUCAUAAUGCCUCUAGAUCUAGGUGCUAAAGGAAUAUGUCAAAUUGGAGGUAAUGUCAGUACCAAUGCGGGAGGAUUGCGGCUUCUGCGUUACGGCAACUUACAUGGGUCCAUACUCGGAAUUGAGGCUGUCAAAGCUGACGGCACUGUCAUAGAUUGUCUAAAAUCUUUGAAAAAGGACAACACUGGGUAUCACUUGAAGCAUCUGUUUAUUGGAUCAGAAGGCACAUUGGGCUUAGUUACUAAAGUCGCAAUCCAUUGUCCUGUACAACCUAAUGCUAUUAAUUUGGGAUUUUUCGGUAUAAAGAACUUCGGUAAUAUACUGACACUGUACCAAAGAGCUAAAUCAAAUCUAGGCGAGAUCCUUUCAGUUUUUGAGAUGGCUGACUUCGAUUCUAUUAACUCGACUAUAAGAAACCUCAACUUGAGAAAUCCGAUCGCAGAUUAUCCAUUUUACGUAUUGAUGGAGACUCAUGGUAGUAAUGAAGCACACGACCAUGAGAAAUUAAUGAAAUUCCUUUCCAAUGAAUUAGAAACUGGACUCAUAUUAGAUGGCACUGUCACAUCAGAACCCGCCAAAAUACAAUCAAUUUUUAAAAUUCGGGAAGGAAUAGCGUCUGCUGGCUUUCAAGAAGGUUACGUGUUGAUAUACGAUGUGACUAUGCCACUAAAAAACUAUUACGAUCUUGUACCGAUGUUGAAGAAAAGGAUUGGUGAUAAAGCGCUUCAGGUUUAUGGUUUUGGACAUAUUGGAGAUGGAAACCUACAUAUCACUAUUGUCGUACCAGAAUAUAACAAGGAAGUAAUAUCCCUUAUAGAGCCAUAUGUCUUUGAAGAAGUGAGCAAAGUGAAUGGUUCUAUUAGCGCUGAACAUGGUAUAGGGAUUCGGAAACCUCAGUACAUCCACUACAGCAAGGAUCAGUCGGCGCUUCAACUAAUGAGGGACCUCAAGAAAUUAAUGGAUCCGAAUGGAAUAUUGAAUCCAUACAAAGUUUUACCCGAUUUAUAA